AUGACCCAAAAGCCCCAUGGCAGCGGCCGGGAGGAUUAUUCCUCCCGGCCACUGAGAGGAAUCCUCUCGGCCAUCGAGAGUAUACACUCUCGCGGCCAAUGGAAACCACCUCGGCCGUUGAGGUGUACACCGGAGAACCUGAUAGGGGUCAUCAUCACCGACAACGAAUAUCCGGUUCGGGCUGCAUUCUCAUUAUUGAACAAGUUACUAGACGAAUUCACAACUAAGAUCCCUGAAUCCAAAUGGAAAUCAGCUGUCAACAAUCCCUCCUCUCCUCCCAACCUAGGUUUCACUGCUGUCAAUGAGUAUUUGGUUAAGUAUCAAGACCCUAAACAGGCUGAUACUAUCCUGAAAGUCCAACAAGAAUUAGAUGAAACCAAGAUCGUAGUUCACAAAACGAUUGAGUCUGUUUUGGAGAGAGGAGAGGAAUUGGACAGCUUGGUUGAUUGUUCAAAUGCAUUGAGCAGCCAAUCGAAAACACCUCAACGGCCGAGAGCUGCCUCCUGGCCGUGGAGAGUGUACACCUCGAUGGCCGAGGUGGUUUCCCUCGGCCGGUGA